AUGCUGCUGGCUUUAAAAAUUGCUGAAGACACCUAUUCAGAUGUAGAAAUAAUCCUGAUAUUGAUCCGAACAAUCACCGGCGCCAUGAGCACCCUCACGCCGCCCAUCCCCCUGGAGAAGGCCUCGAACCAGAGCCGCGUGGACUACAUCCAGGACGUGGCCUCGCAGCACGACUUCGACUAUCCGCCGGAAUUUUACGAACACACGGAAAUACUAUGGAAAGACAGAGGCGUUCAAGCGUGCUUCGAGAGGUCGAAUGAAUACCAGCUUAUCGACUGCGCGAAAUACUUCCUAGAUAAAGUGAGUGUUAUCAAACAGCCAAAUUAUACACCAACAGAACAGGACAUACUCCGGUGUCGAGUUCUUACAUCUGGAAUUUUUGAAACAAGGUUUCAAGUAGAUAAAGUGAAUUUCCACAUGUUUGAUGUUGGUGGUCAGCGUGAUGAGAGGCGGAAGUGGAUACAAUGUUUCAAUGAUGUAACAGCAAUCAUAUUUGUGACGGCAUGUAGCAGCUACAAUAUGGUUUUAAGAGAAGAUCCCACUCAAAAUAGGUUGCGCGAAUCACUUGAUCUGUUUAAAGGAAUUUGGAAUAACAGGUGGCUAAAAACAAUAUCCGUAAUCCUGUUUCUAAACAAGCAAGAUUUAUUAGCAGAAAAAAUUGGAGCAGGAAAAUCAAGAUUGGAGGAGUAUUUUGCAGACUUUGCUAGGUAUCAAACACCUGGCGAUGCGCAGCUGGAAUCUGGUUAUAACCUAGAAGUCAUUCGUGCAAAAUAUUUUAUCCGUGACGAGUUCCUGCGCAUCAGCACUGCAAGUGGUGAUGGGAAACACUUCUGCUACCCACACUUCACCUGUGCUGUGGAUACAGAGAACAUCCGGCGCGUGUUCAAUGACUGCCGGGACAUCAUUCAACGCAUGCACCUGCGACAGUAUGAGCUUUUGUGAUGCCGAAGCGUCUCCUGCUUUUGUGCAGUCGCCCUGGCCAGCACAUCACCAACAGAUGCAGGCCUCUUGGCGGCAAUCACCGUCACAGUGCGCCAUCAGAUUGUCAUCAUCAUCAUCGUUGUCAUCAUCAUCUAGCAGCAAGCAGUACAUCUUCCACUUGGGGGUAAUCACUUGCCAUAACUAUGUAUAUUGAACACGUUGAGUUUAAUUUAAAUAAUGCUGGCAUGUGAAUAUAAAUUAUAAUGAUAUUUUAAGUGGUGAUCAGACUUAUAUAUCAUAGAGAGUGUAAGUCUGUGUUAAUAUUGAGUAAUAAGAUGAAAUGAUCAUUACAUAAUUAUGAUGAUUGUUAAAAGACCAUUAAAUAAAACAACAUUGCUGAUGGUUUGUGGCAUAAUGUUUUAUUUUUCAGAUUUAAAACAUUGACAAUGGUGAUAUCUGUAAAAGUAUUGACCAUCAUUAGAAUGAAUAAUUGCAGUCACUUGAACAGAUGUUGCAGUAUAUUAGUGGAGCAGUGAACAUGAUUGGUUGCUUGCAGUGUGCAAUCUGCUCUUUGACACAGAUAAAUGCAAAUUAUGAUCUAUACAGACAUAAUAUAAAUGUUAAAUUUUUUGUUAGAAAAUAUUGAAUGUAAUGAAAACUUGUGUUAGCAUUAAACCUACAAAGCAUUUAUAUAUCAUAUACAUGUAUAACACAUAAAACAAAAGCAACAGCAUUGUUUUCAAUACGUGCAAUGUUAUAUGACCUCUGAAAUUCACUGAUUGCUUCUCAGUGUUUUCAGUGGCAUCAGAGUAAUUAAAAAGAAAAAUACAGAUGAAAUUCUGAAGCUGGUUGUGUCAAGGAAAGAGAACUGAACAUGACUUUUUUAUCCACAAAUUGUUGCGAAAAUCUGUUCUCAUUACUUGCAAAAAUAUCAAAACAAUGAAAUGAAGAGCUGAGGACAAGGGAGACAAGUAUUGAAUCAGCAACUCUGGAAUAGACAUACAAUUCCAUCUACACUAAUGUUAAUACAUCAGUAAUCCUAAAAUGAAAUAUUAAAGGUACUCAAACAAGAAACCGCAAACUAGCUCACAUUUGUGUGAUUCCAGGUUUUGGACACUUGAAAUAUGAGGUCCUCAGUUCUUAGCUCUCCCAAGUUUUUAAUUUAGAACCAGACGUAGAAAGCAAUCACAAUACAAAAGUAUUAAUCAUGGAAGUUUAUGGUGUCAUAGAAACAAGAUUAGACUUGUGAAAGCUUGUGAUAGAUAUUACUAUUGGCUUGUAUUUGUGUAGUACUCUCUUGUAUGUGCAUAACUGCCUCUUGCCCAGAGACUCUGAGGAAUUUGUGGGGUUGUGUAACACUGGACCAUUAGUCAUCUGUUUCUAAUCUUUUUCUUUUCUGUCAUAAUCUCUUCAUUUCUGUAGGAUUCCUUAUGUGUGCAACCCUAUUUAAAAUGUAUUUCUUUCCAAAACCUGGAAAUUUAUGAGGAUCUGAACAAAUAGAUGGCACAAAUUGUAAACUCUUUGCCUCUGUGAGUCCUGCUUUUUAAAUUGCUCCUGAACAUCAGCACUGUGGCCAUAGCAGUACUUGCAGAUGUGAAAGUUACUAAGACAAAUAUGUGUCUUUUUUUUAGUAUUGAUUCAUUAUAGUCAUGUAUGUUUUAUGCUUGUAGGUCCUGUCAUUUGCAGUAGAAUCACUUCUGAUUUAAGACUUAAAUCGUUUGCAUCUGUUUUUAUUUAGCCACAGUUAGAACUGAUGAAACCAGUGGACAUUGUGUGGUGUUAGUAGUAGCAUAGAAAAUUCUAACUCACUAUCAAUGUUUGUAACUUAUGUUCAUUACGCUGUUGAAUUCCAUUUUCAAUCUAAACGUGACAGCAUUCUUUCCUGUUCCUUGCAUAGAUUCUCUUUUAUUUUUCUCCUUUUUAUUUUAAUUUAAUUUUUAUUUUUUCUAUUCAGUUUCUAUACUACAUUUCUUUUAUUUGCUGCACCUAAAGAAAUAUUCAAAGGGGUCAGCAGAACAAGGCAUGGAAAAUUGCAACAGAUCGAGACUACAUUCUGCUAAAAUUUAUAUUUUUUUCUUAAUUCCUUAUUUUAUUUGUACAUUUUUUAUUUGUCCUCGUAUCUUUCCUUUAUUACAAAUAUAUUUAAUGUGUGCUAUACUUUUCCGUCCAGAUUAUCCAGCAUCAUGAAACAAAUUUGCAGAAUUCACUGUGCAUAUUUGUACAUCUAGAAUGUAUGUAUUGUGUGUGUGUAAACAGAAUGCAUUUUAGUAAAAGCAUUGAAUUUCUGAGGUUUAAGAGAUUAAAAUGUAAUACAACUAAAUUCACUGUGAUGAUGUAGUGGUUUACUGCAAAAGUACAUCUGCAUUUUGUUGAGAGUUGAAAAGUGUGGACUGGCUAUAAUUAUAGUGCAUUUGAAACUAUCCUGCUAUUUUUGCUGUGAACAAAUAUAAAUGCUAUUUCACACUCUGCAGAAGCUAUUUUCAUUCUUCACGAUUGUGUUUAUUGUAUUUUUAAAACCUUUGGAAUUGUUUCUUAUAGGCAAGCUUGUCUCUAUGUUGUGGUAAAUUGAAUUAACCAGUCACUUUUUUUAACUUAUUACAAUCAUAACCUAUUGUUAAUGUAUUUUCUUGAGAGAGGUAAUUGAGUUUACUGAAGUACACUUAAGGAAGGAAUAAUUUGUAGUUGUGAUUGACAAGAUGAUAUUUAAAUGCUGGAACAUUGUGUACUUCCCAGUUUUAAAUUUUUUUUAAUUCUAUCAGUAUUAAAUUGAACAGACUAAUUAUUAGGUGGUAUUGUGUUGUGGGUUUGAUGUUUUUAGGCACACUUUUUCAUUCAACCUUAUUGUAGGUAAAGAAUUUAUUUUUAAUUUCUUAUUUAUCUAUACUUGUCCAAUUAUUGAGGUGGUUUCAGUAUUGUUAAAAUACCGUGAAUUUUGGUCUUCCUAAAAGAACACUAAAUGUAAAAUAUUCUUAAUUUUUCAUUGUACGACUGUGGUUAUGUACAGAUUUGUGAUAUACUCUGUUUACUAUGUAGAUAGAAUUUGGGUCUAGGUAUUUUUUAAUGUGUGAUGGAUUUUAAUUCUUUAUCUGGAAAUAUCUGUUGCAAUUUAUCAUGCAGGAUUUUACAAGCAUUCAACAUAUAUGUUUAUUAUUUUUUGAGUUUUUAAGUUCAUUUUCUUAUUUUUCAAACAGAAUGGUACAAAUGAAAUGACAAGUUUGACAUUUUCAUCAGAAUUUCUACAAAUAGGAAAAUCAUAAAAAUUGGAAAAAUUCAAAAAACAAAACUUUGAGUAACUCCCCCCUCCCUGAGUCAUGUGUGUAUGCUUGUGCGCCUGCACAUAUACAUGUGUGUGUAUGUGAGAGUGUGUGUAUGGAUGACUGCGUUUGAACGUGAAGCAGUAUGUUGCUCUAGGUUUAAAUGUUUCUUAGGUAAUGUGAAUAUGGAUUUUUUAUAUAAACCAGUAUAGUACGUAUAAAAUGAGAAAAACAUUUAUUGAAUUCUUGCGUUGCUAGUCCUUUUAUUAUAAUUUAUUAUGCUUUAGUUUUGGAUGUAUGUGACUCAUUUGUACAUGCUCUUCCGUGAGAAGUUAGAGGCACACAAAAUAACUUUAGCUUCUUCAGUAAAGAAAAUAUAUAGAAUGUUAUAUAUACAAAGUUCUGCACCAGUCACAAGAACUAUGUAUGUGAGAAAUUAAAUGGAAUGAAAAAUUAAUUAAAAAAUAUUUUCUUUUUCUGAUUUGUGUGAUGUUUAACAUUGUGAGAUGUUAGAGAUGUAAUACAUGUUCAAGUGUGAAAAUAUGUGGGAAAAGGAGCUUGAGAUGAAGAUGUGAGAGUAUGUUAAUAUUUUGUAAAAUCACGCACAUGAAGUAAUUUUUUACAUAUCCAGUAUAAUUUUGAUUUCUUUUAGAUAGUGAUGCAAAUAUUGUGUUAUAAAGUAGCUGAGAGUUCAUUUUAACUGUUAUAUUCUCCAAUUUCAGACAUCCUUAAUGCACAAUUUGUAAUAUGUUGGAGUGGCUGAGGAAUGUAAUUUUCCUAGUUACAUUCAUUUCUGCUUCUGGCUGAAGUGACUGUAAUUUCUAGCUGUGAGUGGAAAUAUUUGAACCAAAGUGUUCUAGAAUGGUGUUUCUUAGUUUCUGUUUUAUGAAUGAAAGCUUGUAUGAUUUUUUUAACCCCACUACUGAUCAAGGACUGAUGAAGCAUAUUACCUGCUUACUAUACUGUAACAUGCUAAAGCAUAUUAUGGGAAAUUUUAGUUAUUUGGUAAACAGCCCCCUUUGUAACCAUUUCUCUAUAUUUAGAGAAGUGUACUAUUUAUAUAUGAAUUUUGCUCUUAUUUGAUGCUGUUACAGCUGUUAAUGGCUGUUUAAGUAUAAAGAGCACACAAUACUCGUGUAACUUUCCUCCAUUUACAUUUUGUUGAUUACAAUCUCUACUACUCCCUUGUUAAUGUUCUGUACUUAUCACAAAGGAAGAUGACUGAAUAUGAAGCAGCACUGCUUGUCAUUAUUUACUUUUUCUUCCUUAAUGUAAUCUUCGACAUCGGUUAAAAAUAUUUUUCAGGCUAGCAAAAUUUUGUUGAUUAAAGUUUAAUAGCAAUUUUGAAAUUUCAGUUUUAAAAGUAAUGACAGUAAUAUUAUGCACUUUCCCAAACUCUUGUACCAUUUUUUUUCCUUCUGGGAAUACUCCUUUAGCUUAUCUCCUUAGAAUUUUAUAUUUUUCUUUUUUAAUUGUCAAGAAUUGCACAAAGAAAUGUGUUCUAUAAUACUUGUUAUUCACAAUCUUAAUAAGAAUGUGAGAAAGGGCUAAAAUUCCAGUAUUCUAUUCCUUGUGUAAGCAUCUGUAUUCUUAGAAUACAGCUUCCUGCGAAAGGAAACUGAAGUCUUUCCCUACAUUUAUCAAGAAUAUUUGAAUAUGACCUUACCAAAGGGGCAAAAAUAUUUUGUUUUUAUAAAUAUUGCAUCUUUCUCACUCAUUGUGAAAAGUAAUAUGGUUACCAAGGCUUUUAUUAAUAAAGAUCAUUGCAGUAUGUUCUAAUAUAACUUCUGCCCUACCAGUAGUAUGACUGUAAAUGUAAAAAAUUAUUAUAGGUACUGGGCAGAAUUAAACUUGCAGCUAAAAUACUACUGUGUAUUUUUAUAUUGUAUUUCUCCUGGCCUGUAAGUAUUGUUUCUUAAGAAAGGUCAUCUUUCUUUUGGAUAAAUGCUGUAUAAAUUUUGAUUACUGAUACAACAUAUUUUUAUCAAAAACCAAGAGUUGUAUAAUUUUAUUUGUGCAGGAGAAUGUGUCUGUUUGAAAUUGUAGAUAUUUUUGUUUAAGCUUACCUUUUAUUUGUUCUUGUAAAUACUAUUUCCCUUUAAAUAUAUAUGAAUUGUUAUUUGUGUCUUAGUGCUUUAUGUGUCUUGUGAUGAAUGUGAAAGAGUAAUAAUUGUAAAUCAUUAUAAAAAUCUUGUUUUUAUAUGUGUGUAUAUAGAAAUCUACUUUAUUUUGAACAGAAUUAAUAGAUUAUAUCAAAGUUUGUUAAAAGAGAACUAAGAAAUAAAUUGAUUAUAUGCAUAUAUAUUUAAUUGCCAUACAGUGUACCUUAUCACUGCAAGUAAUUACUAAGAGUGAUCAUGGAACAUUUUCCAGGAAUUAAACAUUCAUUUUUUUGUUCAGUUUCUGUGUUGAGUCUAUUAUUAUGUUUACUGUGAAUAUUAUUUUGUUAUCCAUAUUUUGGGCAAAAAUGCCACAAGUUGUAGGGUGUGUCUUAUAUUUGAAUAAAUAUUUAAGAAUUGUCAUGUAGUAAUUAUUAAUGUAAAAGAAACGAAAAGUACAGUUUCAAGUGCAUGCAAGCAUCUUCAAUGAUCUUGCUCUUCCACUUUCAAUGGCCUGAUAAAAUAAAUGUGACACAGUAAUUUAUAUUAUUUUCAUCUUAUAUUUUUUCCACAGAACAUUUUUAGAUUUUGUGGGAUUCUUUGAUUUUAAUUACAACAAAACUAAAGUAUGAAAAUUUUGAAUCUUCUGUGAGCUUUUAGCAUAUCUAAAAAAUUGCUAUCUAAUGUACUUCUGAAGUACUAUUAAAAACAUCAUGUUGUUUCACGAACGAAUGCUAAACUCUUAAAAUAAACUAUAACAAAUAUUUGCUUUUAUUCCAUGUUAAGGUUGUACAAAUUCCUGAAUAAACCAACAUCAAAAUGCUGACGUUAAAUAAAAGAGGAGACCUAAUGUUGUAAAAUGAAUCCAUUGCCUUUUUCUCCUGCAUUUUAGUUGUAAUAUUACAUAUUUGCUUGUUUUGUAACAAAUUUGUUUUCCAGCUUCUUUCACCUCACACUUCUGGGGGAAGAAUGUAUUGAGCAGAAAGGAAUUUAGAUACAGCAUUGAUUAUCAAAUGUUUAUUCAUAAGAUUAAAGAGAGAAUUAAUUAAUUCUAUUUAUGCAUGCAUGUCUGAAUGUGUGACGAAGUUAUAUAAAGUACAUGUGACAAGAAAGGUCAAUUUUGUUGAGGAAAGUGGGACGUGGUAUUUUCUAUAAGAGAAAUUUUGGGAAUCUUCUGUAAUUACAGAGAGAGUAGCAUCUACAUUAAAUAAAGAACUUGCUGAGAAUACCCCCAAAUUAAUUAAUUAUUUUGUAUUGUUGAAAGAAUUUUAAAAUGAGUUUAUGAAUUUACCAUUUUGUAGUAAUUUUCUUCAGAAAUCCAGAAGCUUAAUUUCAAGAUUUGUGAGAGACUGACAAUCAUGAAAUAAACCAGGGAAAUACUUUCAUUUCUGAAUACAUAUAAUUACACUGAAAACUGCCAUGAAUUAUUAUGAACACAUUAAUCAUAAAUAUUUGAUAUUAAAAUAUUCAGUGAAACUGAAGACAGCUAUUUUAAGUCUUUUGCUCUUAAAUUCUAAUUUUCUUACCCUGUGCACACCAUUUACAUGACAGUAAAUUUUAAUUCAUUUCCAUUUAAACAUUUGAAACUGUACAUUUGUGAAUAGCACAUUUGUUCUGGCACACUCUAAUAAGAAAUUAUUAAUUUUUGUUAAUUUUUUUUGUCAUCUUUCAAUUAAAUAUGUAUAAAUUGUUAAGAUCCUCAUGAAUUAAAAGUAUUAAAAUGAUUUACAUUUGAAUAUGUAUGUUUAGUCUUGCUUGCAAAUUACCCUAAAAUUAA